UCAUUUUUUUUUUUCAAUGGAACGUUCGUUUAUUGAAAAUCGUCGUGCCGCCAAAGAUAAAAAUCGAGCAAUGAAAAAGCGGUUUGAAUCGUAUAUAGACUAAACUGUCAGUGUAACUUUCACACGAAGCGGAGCAAGUAUCUUUCUCAAAAAUUUAUUGGAAAUUGAAUUUAUCGUGAUAUUAUCGUUUACCAAGUAGAAGACAAAAGUAAGAAGCAAACGAGCAAAUUAAUGGGGACCGCGUCCCGUGAGGCUGGCCAUUUUCGUGAACCACCGUGACGAAAAGUGAUCGCGUUUGGAUCGUACUUGCACGAGAUUAGCCGUCGUGUCGUUUAUCCCAUAAGCUAUCUACGUAUCUAUUUAACAAUCUAGCAGAUUUAUUUUUUUCUCAAGAUCGAACUUGAAAUUCUUCCAUCUCUUUCGACGUGAGAAAAUGAUCUCUAUUUCGAGCAACGUUCUCGUUGUACUUGGUGCGUAAACGACUGUUUAUGGAUUUUGUAUGAAGUAUCAAAACGGUCAGAUAUCGCCCAUCGCGGAGGAACUUCGCAAUCGAAGAGAGCGGAGAUGGAUAGUUCAGAAGAGCCAACAAGUCUGCAGUCCAUUUGUCAUUUACACGCUUCGGAAUUAUUCCCAAAGCACGCACAUUUUGAGUGCGAGGAUCAAACACUUACAGUCCCAUUUACACCAUUAAGCGGGGAAUCAAUUGUAGCUCUUGGACGUACAUCGGAUGGAAUAUUGGCUCUUUCAAAUUACAGACUCUACUUGCAAUUAAGUCAGACACGUUACAAUAUUCCAUUGGGUUUAAUCGAGCAAUUAGAAGUGAAAGAAAUUUUCUUCUUGCAUAUUGGUUGUAAAGAUGCACGUUCAUUAAGUUGUGCUUUCUCGACGAAUGAACACUGCUUGGAAUGGUUCAAACGACUCCAUAAAGUGACUUAUCCACGGAAAAAUAUAGAAGAUAUAUUUGCUUUUGCUUAUUAUGCCUGGUCUUUGGAAGAAGGUAAAGAUAGUUUCAAACUUGGGAAAGAUAAUGCUUCUUACACCGCUACUUUUAAUUCUGAGGUAGAACGAUUGAAAUUUAAUUUACACGGUACAUGGCGUAUAAGUCAGAUCAAUAAAGAUUAUCGAAUGUGCCCGUCUUAUCCGCCGUUGCUUUUGGUUCCUGCUUGCAUUUCCGACAAAAUCCUCGAAACCGUGGCCAAAUUCAGAAGUUCUCGUCGAAUUCCUGCUGUUGUUUGGAGGCACGUGAACAACGGUGCGGUGAUAGCACGAAGUAGUCAACCAGAAGUGGGAUGGCUCGGUUGGCGGAGCGCGGAAGACGAAGAUCUGUUGAAGGCUCUUUCAGAUGCAUGCGCCUACGAUAAAGGUGAAUCGACGAUGGUGGACUCGUCCAUCGUUUAUCCCGAUGAUAGCGACGACGGUGUCACAACAAAUAGUACCAAAAAAGUUUUAAUCGUGGACGCGAGGUCGUAUACAACCGCCGUGGCAAAUAGAGCGCGCGGUGGUGGUUGCGAAUGUCCAGAGUAUUAUCCCAGUUGCGACAUACAGUUCAUGAAUUUACCGAACAUUCAUUCGAUACGAAAGAGCUUUCACGCAGUGAGGCAACUAUGCGCAUCAGAUGCGGAUCAACCCAAUUGGCUCAGCCUUUUGGAAGGAACACGAUGGUUGCAACACAUGUCUGGAUUGUUGCGUGCAGCUGUGACCGUAGCUUCGGCAAUCGAAAGAGAUGGUCGACCGGUAUUGGUCCACUGUAGCGACGGCUGGGAUAGAACACCUCAGAUCGUCGCGUUAGCACAGAUCCUUUUAGAUCCUUAUUAUAGAACUAUAGAGGGAUUCCAAAUUUUAUGCGAGAGAGAAUGGUUAGACUUUGGACAUAAAUUCGCAGAUCGUUGUGGGCAAACGGUUGGUUGCGAAGAUCCCAACGAACGAUGUCCAGUAUUUUUACAAUGGCUCGAUUGCGUACAUCAGCUAAUUCUACAGUUCAAAUGUAGUUUUCAAAUGUCUCCCGCGUAUCUUGUGAAACUUGCACAACAUACGUAUUCGCAACUUUUCGGCACAUUUCUUUGCAACACGAGGCAAGAAAGGUUACAGUUGAGAAUACGCGAGCGUACAUUUUCGGUGUGGCGGUUCCUUAAUUCCAGUUCGUUUGUAAAUCAUUUGUAUUCACCGUUAAAAAAUCAAGUAUUAUGGCCGAGUUGUAACGUGCGUGACCUCGUUUUAUGGUCCGAAGUAUAUUUAGGUUCCAUGGAAUCUUCUCUGGGUGUCAGGGACGACAAACAAAGAGUAACUAUGAUCGAUAUCGAAGGUGGCGAUAACGAAGAACCGCAGGGACAAAUGACUAAAACUCGAUCAUACGGCGAUCUUAUGCACGCUCCCGAUCAUACGGCCUACCUUCAUCGUAGACUCAGCGAUCCAAGUAUUUCGGUAGAAAAAAAAUUUGAUUCUUUGACACUCGAUGCAGAAACCGAAGAGAAGACUGUAAAUCACGCGGAGAAUUGUACAAUGGAAAGAGUCGAGGAAAAUGCAAUAGAAAAUUCCGAUCAGACCGAAAUACGGUACAAGACGGUGCAGGCCUUAAACGAUUCGCCAGUGAAUCCUUCGGUGGAUAGCUCGACAGACACUUUGAUACCCAGCAACGAUUCUUUGCAAGGCGUGAUCAACGCUGAUAAGGAAACUAAAGUUUCGAAAAAUUCACCGUCCGAUAUCGUAUCACCAUGGAUCGAGAACAACGUGACCGGUCGAAACGUUUGCUCUUGCAACCGUAAUUGUAAUCACAAUCAGAACGAGGGUAGCGACGUUAGCGACACCAGCGCACCCCUAAUAUCGAGAACACCUAGCAGCAUUUGUCCGGCUUCGCCGACUCAUCAAGACGCGUUACUAGAUAAUAUCGAUAGACUGGAUGAUGUCGAUGGUCUUCCCGUUAUCCAGUGUGACGUACAAAUGCGCGUGCAACAGAUUAUCGUGGAACAUAAGCUGAAAGAAGAAGCGCUUAGAAAAGAAUUACACACGACGAGAUUGGCCCUAAUAAAACAAGUUUGUAAUCACAACACGGACACCGAACGCGUCGAUGAUAUCGGUUCGUUACCCGAUUCGGUAGGAAGUACCGGAGAUCAUGGAGAGUCAUUACCUUCGGAUAUGUCUUGGGAAGCAGUCGAAGAAUUAGGUCCAGCUCCCACCCUGUGGGUACCUGAUCACGCGGUGAAUCGAUGUAUGGGAUGCAAUACAGAGUUUUGGCUCGGAAGGCGUAAGCAUCAUUGCAGGUGCUGCGGUAAGAUCUUUUGUGCAGAUUGUUCCGAGAAUUCGACGCCGUUACCUAGCGAGCAGUUGUAUAAUCCCGUGAGGGUUUGUAGCGAGUGUUUCUCUCGGCUUCAUCGACACGCAAGUCCGUGCCAGUGUAACACGCGUCACCAUAACAAGGGAGAAAACGACGCGGAGCUUUCCACGAACUCGGAAAAUUUGAUAACUUGUCAACGGCCGAAGGGUUUGCACGUAACGAAGGACAGUUGUUGCGACAAUCUGUUACAGGCUGCACAUCAAAAGUCGCAACCUCCGGUUACAGCGGCUACCGUCAAUUGAAAAUUCGAAGGAAAAGUGGAAAAAGAACGCUGCUACGGCUGUGGCUGCCGCUGUGGGUCCAACUGCGGCGGCAGCCUUUAGGUUUUUAGAUGGUUUUUGACGACACGGAGUAUCCUUAACAUCUGGCUCGAAUGCGCGAUAGCCACGUUAGAUUCUUCGAGCGAUUAAAUAUUUAUUGCUAGAGUAAUAAUUUGUACGAAGAAGCGUGUAUAGCAUCAGAGAGAAGUCAAGUCAGUAUACGAGAGGUUGUAUAUACAACACGUACACGUACACAUACCUACACACGACACAUAUACAUACACAUAUUAGGAAUAACUUGGUCCAACGAGAUACCUGGCUUCUUCGAACGAGACUAUUCAAGUUUCCCCAAGAUUUUUAGGAAAUCUUGUUACCCUUACGAGAUACAGCGAGACGAGGCCGAGAAACAUUUUGGAUAGGCUGUGACUGAUGUCUAGUUAUAGACACCGUGCGAGGUGCGCUCUUAAUAAAUCGUCGAUCAAUCGAUGGAACGACUCGUUAAUUAAUAGUUGGAUUACGAUACGAGUAACGUGUAUUUGUAUAUUACUGCUGUUUACGAGAAUUGGUAUAUUAAAUGUCAUUAUCAUA